CACUAAAUAAUUGUUUCACGCACGGCUCAUAACAAUGCGUUUUUAAACGUUUCAACUAUUUUAGUAUUCAACCUUCGUCAGCUGGCUCUUUUGUGAGUCCAACAUGAUGCAUUGCUUUGUCAUACGUCCGAGGAGAACUAGACAAUGCUUCCGCGACCCAACUUGAGCUUCACGCUCCCUAGCAUCCACGAUAAUACCAAACUCGACUGUCGCAUCUACCAUCCGGUACGCUCUAACCAACCGCUUACACCCUCCGAUCCAUCAUGGCCUCGGCAUGCUGCUGUGGUCGCUCACCCAUACGCACCACUCGGCGGAUCCUACGACGACCCUAUUGUACUUCUCGUGACUAGCACACUACUUCAUCUCGGCUUUGUAGUCGCGACAUUCAAUUUCAGGGGCGCCUCGUCCUCUAAAGGUCGCACGUCGUGGACAUCAAAGCCUGAACGAGCCGAUUAUAUGUCCGUCGCCGGUUUUCUCGUUUAUUACCUGCAUUAUUUGGGUACUCCCCAGAACCAACUGCGCCCUAUCGAAGCAGAAGAGAACUCAGCUCCAACUUUGUUACUUGCUGGAUAUUCGUACGGUGCCAUGGUGACGCUCCAACUCCCCCCUCUCGAUUCUUACCUGUCUCAUUUCGCCUCGCCUGCCACACACACCGCCUUCGCAGACAUUCGACUACGAGCACAACACCUUGCCGAAGAGCAGGUGACUAUGUUCACUACUCCCGCCUCACCGAGAAAGUCGCUGGGCAUGCGUGUCGGUGGUGAUGAGGAUAUAUCACCAAAAGCUCGUGAUAAACAAAGAGGACAUUCCCCAGACCCGGAAGAGAAGAUACGGAGAGGCGUCAGGGACAUAUUAUCUCGGAGUAAGUUUAUACAUAGGAGACGUAACACCCCACCCACCGAUCAGGAUACGGGAGGCGAUAUUGAAGUUCCAUGUUUGGAACAUGUCAACAACUUAAUCAGGUUUCGUACUGCCUAUCUGUUAGUGUCACCUCCUCUAGGCUUCGUUACGAAUCUGGCAACUAUGUCCUUUUCAAAUCUCUGGGCGAAGAAGAAAGGUGGGCCUGCCAAAACCCACGAGGACAACACGAAGCGGGAAGAGAGUGAGGUUGAGGCCGAGGCAAAGCUUGCCGCAAACCCCACUCUUGCUAUAUAUGGAGACCAAGAUAGUUUUCUAUCUAUGAAGAAAAUGCGUGAUUGGGCUACGCAGCUAAGCGGUGCUGAAGGAUCUCAGUUUCGCUACGUAGAGGUUUCAACCGCCGGACAUUUCUGGAUAGAACACGGCGUUGCAAAUGUGCUUAGGGAGGCUGUUUAUUCCUUUUCAGCUAGACUUGUAAAGCGUUGAUGCCUGUCAGAUGUCUGGAAGAAGACAUGGAUCUAUUACUUCCGAGGUCUAGACGUAGGGCCUUAAAUUUACCAGGGCUAUAAUAUCGCUUGGGAUGGAUAUUAGACACGAUUCUAUUCUUGGUCGUAUAACUAGGCAUUCUUCGAAGUCAAAUUCUCGAUGCAUUAAUUCUUGUAAGAUUUGUAAGACUUGUAAUACUUGUGGCUUAUAAAAGAACCAAGUCUAGAUCGAGUCUUGUGGUUUUUAUGUAAUUUGCUUACAUUUACAUAGAAUGUGUUUGGUUUAGUGUUUGGUUUAUGUACAAUGUACAACUCAACCCCACAUAUUGUUCCUCUUCUCAAAAACACUUCCCCGUAUUCUAUACUAUACCCCUCAUGUACCCCACAAUAGACUUAGCAUAGUAAACGCGGAUUUCCAUUAUUUA